AUGUUUCCUGACAAUGUCUAUGACAUUGAGGAGCUUUCCCCUGAUGAUCGUACCCUGUUUGCGCAGAAGUACCGGCAAUACCUCCACCAUAUAGCGCAGGCAGCAAUAUGGACUACCUACAUUUACUUCACAGUCCGACUUUUCUUCACAUUGACGACCCCGGAGCGAACAUGGAAGAUGUGGGCGAUGCUCGGAGUCGAGGGUCUGUUUGCUCAAAUAUCUUUGAACCAUCAACGCUUGUCGUUAGCCGCAACAACAACCCCACCACAUCAAACAAACCGCAAGAGACUGCGCAGCAACGAAAACCUGCCCAGAGUCGACGUGCUCGUCACAUGCUGCGGUGAGCCAGUCGAAAUCAUCCUAGACACAGUCCGAGCAGCAUGUGCGAUGGACUACCCAGCUUCCCGAUUCCGAGUGCGACUUCUGGAUGACGGGGCAUCAAGUGACCUGCGCGAUGAAAUCGCAAAACUCACCACGAAAUGGACUCACCUAUCCUAUCACACCCGCGGCAAGCAAUCCGGACAAUCUUUCGCCAAAGCAGGAAAUCUCAACUACGCCCUGUUCUCCCUGCAAACCGAAGACCCGCCUGAAUUCUGCACAGUCGUCGACGCAGACUCCAUCCUCAUGCCAGAGUUUCUACGCGCAACACUGCCACACCUCCUUGAAGACCCGGAGGCUGCAUUACUGACCACACGACAGUAUUUCUAUAACCUACCCCGCGGUGAUCCUCUCUCUCAGUCACGGGAUUACUUCUACACGUGUGAAAAUACCGAACUCGAUCUUCUCGGUCAUGCACUAGACGCGGGAUCAGGUGCUGUCUUCCGGCGCGACGCGAUUCUCGAUGCGGGUGGAUAUCCGACCUAUUCUUUCUCGGAGGAUUGGCAACUGUCGCUGAUUUUACGGGGGAUGGAGAAGCGCACGAUGCAGGUACAAGAGGUUUUGCAAUUCGGUCUCGUUCCUACUUCUCUUGCUGGACAUCUCAAACAGCGGAAUCGGUGGCAUAUUGGACACUCUCAGCAGAUUUCUGUGUUGUUCCCUUCUGCCAAUAAGGCAAUUCCGGAGCAUUUGCGUUGGGAUAUUGCUCUUGGAGGACUGUCUAUUAUGGCAGGUCUUGUGGGCUAUUCAAUCGGCUUUGUUACUCUCCCUUUUCUUCUUGUCGCUGAUGGUGGGUUCAUUCCUGCUGGAUCAGCGUUGGAGGUCAAGCUUCAGCUUGUUCUAGCCAUCGUGCAUGUUGCAUCUACAUGGGCAUAUGAUUGGGCUCGAAGUGCGCAUGCGGGUGUUUUAUUUGAGCCCUUUGCACAUGCAGAGAACAGUUGGCUUGCUGCUGCCCAUUUGUACGCCGUUGUACGAUUCCACUUACUCGGAAGCAAGCCCAAGGGAUCUUUUGUUACCGGAAGCACCGCAAAUUCAAGCGAAAAUGCUACAUCCAUUUCGUCAUUUCAAAAGGCAUACAGAGAUACUCUUCAAAGCGGUGCUUGGCUGAACGUUUCUCUGUUUAUUGCGACUCUCGGAGCUAUGACUUUUGCGGUCUGGGCAGCUAUCACCGCAGAUGCAUCGACAAUUCUCCAACUGCUCACUGCAAUUGCCUGGCCACCAUUAUUGCACUUGUUCCUUUUGGCGAUUGUCAACAAUUGGGUACCUAUCGCUCAUAUCUUCAAUCCCCCGACCUAUUACUCCAGAGAGUCUAGGUUGCUCACCACAGAGAAGGGAAUAUCAUACCCACGAGCGGAGGUUGAAGGGGAACUUAGCGCUGAGAAGUCUUUCUUCGGCCUCUGCUGCUCUUUUAUGGUGCCAAUUGUUCUGUCGGGGGCAGUUCUGGGGGUUUUGAUAUCAUAG